CUCACACUGCUCUAUGGUACUGCACUGGCUUGGUACAAUAGACCUGGACACACUGGAGACACUGACAUGAAUAGAGCGAGGAGAGGAGCACACAUCCAACUCAGAGCAACAGUUGGUGGACUGCAUGACUGCUUGAAGAGUGUUACGUCAUUUGACGUGUUGCAUCGUUUGAAUUUGAAGCCAUGCUGUGUGAGAGCAUACUAUGGAGCAUGACCUACUGUAGUGACCAGGAGAGCCUGGACCCUCUCCCCCCUGUGAUAGAGCCCCCCACGAGUAGUGUCAGGGCUGGCUCACAGCCGGUUAAAGCCGCCCCGCUCUUCACACUCCAGGCCUCUCCAGACCAGCCAAGCAGAAAGGGCCACUCCAUCCUGCCUAGAGUGGCCCAAGACGAGAGGCCCUACCGGGUGAGUGCCCAAAUCCAGCCCCAGGGUUCUUCUCUACAGCAGGCCUUGCAUUCCCAGAGGCCCCAUCCUGGCAGACACAUUUCCCCAGAGAUGGAAAUCCCUGGGCAGGCUCGUUCUGGUGGUGACGUCCCUUUCCUGGUGCCCUCUUCCUGCCAGAGCAUCUGUCAGAACUACAGCGACCUCCACAUCGGGGGGGACCAGGUGCUGCCUCUUUCGGAUCACGAUGGGGAGCUCCUGCCCUGCAGCGAUACCCUGGCCGACGGCCCCUUCCUCUAUUCCUGUGACGUCCUCCCAGCCGCAGAUGACUCUCCCCCAGAUCGGGCCUCUGAAGACAGGCCACUGCAUCCUCUCCAGGUGGGCUCAGGCUUGGGAUCCUCCCGCUGGAGGGCGGGGAGCGGCCGCGACCGGAGCUUCCUCCUCCAGGGGUGUGAGGGGCCCCUCUCCAACUCACUGCUCAACCGCUACCUGGAGCACAAGCUACUGGACCUGUACCAGCAGUACAUGCUGGAGAGCAUGGCCCGGGAAGGGGGUUGUAAUGAGGGUUUCCCCAGCCACCUGCUGGCUUCAGAGCUGCUUCUUACCAGCCUGGAUCAGAUCACGUUGCAGCUGAGCCGUGAGGGCCACCUAGAAGCGGGCCGGGCCAAAGACAUGGUGCUCAGCUGCCUGCUGAGGGUGGCCAGCGGCCUGCAGUCCAGUGAGAUCAGUACUCCCCUGCUCCAGAUCUCAACUGACCUGCAGCUCUCCACUGCUACUACUGCUGCUGCUACUGCUGCUGCUACUGUUACUACUGCUGUUACUGCUGCUACUACUACUGUUGCUGUUACUGCUGCUACUGUUACUACUGCUGUUACUACUGUUACUGUUGCUGCUGCUUCUACUUCUACUACUACUGCUGCUGGUGCUGGUGCUGGUGCUGGGGGCCUAGGAGUACCUCAGGGACCGCUCAACUUCACCACUGACCCCCCAGUUAAAGACAUCCUUUGACCCCUGACCCCUGAAACAACUGCACUCAGAAACCGUCUUGUUACGGAGGUCCAACCAACUUGACUCAGCCCCCCCCUCCAGUACUAGACAGUUUCACUGUCCCCCUAGUUUUAAAAAAUAGCCUCUGAACAGGGAAGGACCAGGAGGGAGUGUGUGCAGCUAUGUUUUUAACCCUAAUGGAAAAUGUAAAUUGUUGCUACCUUUCCUACUUUGGUAUUACCUUCACUCAGACUCUGUCUAUCCUCUCAGUUCCCCCUACACACUGUUCUCUUAUGACGAAACGAGACCGCUUUCAAAUAGCUGCAGUGAUAUAAUAUCCAUAAUGAGGUGGAACACAGUGGUGGAGAAUGAAGACGUCUGUACUGUUGUCAUGUUUUCAUGAAGAGAACAUGACAUUCUAUCUAAUGUUUUUAUCUUGUUUUAUUGUCUGUGAAAAAUCAAUAAACAUGUUGAUCACACAAAUGUCAGUUACUCUGAUACGGAUCCCA